AUGGACCUUCAGAAUAAAGUCGAAAAACUCUCUAAGGAGAUUACGAAGCGACCGUCUGCUGGCGACGCGGGAAAGUUGUCACCAGGCUCGAAGGGGGGAAACGCGCAGGCGACGACGGGAAACGCGGAAGAAUCGGCGGGUUUGACGGGGAAGGCUCUUUAUCUGAGUCGCCUCAGGAGCGGAGCGCUGUCCUCGUCCCGAGGUUCCGCCGCAACAGGCGCUCCUAGCGGGAAAGGCGCUUCUAGCGGGAAAGGCGCCUCCUUUAGCGUGGCAGGCGCUCGUAGCGGGACAGCCGCGCAUAGCUGGACGGCCGCUCAUAGCGGGAUAGGUGCUAAUAACGGAACAGGCGCUCAUAGCGCGUCCAUGGGCGGAAGGGGGAUUGGCGGCGGGUCUGGCUGGCGUGCGCGGGGUAAGGCGGAGUCGGACGGCGCUUUGGCUGGGGAGGGGGAGGAGAGGCGGAAAGAUGGGGAGGAGGAGCGGCGGAAGGAGGAGGCGGAGGUGACGCAGCGAGUAGAGGAGGAGGAGGAGAAUGGACGGCUGAGAUCUUCCCUCGAGGAGCCAGAGAAAGGCAAGGCUCUUAAAGAAAUAUCUCGGGAGUCGCCGAAGGCAGAGGCCUGUAUGGAAGAAGCGAAUGGAGCUUCAAAAGAAGAAUCGGUGAAGGAAGAAAUGAAAGCAGAAUCGAAGGGAGAUUGCAAGGAAGUAUUGAAUACUCAGACGAGUACAGGCGUUUCUCAGGAUGAGAAGGACAACUAUGAGGAGUACAAAGGGUCAUCUCUUAAGGGGGAUGAGGAGUUUCGGACAGGCGUCGAGUCUGCUAAUGCUGUACAAUCUGUUAAUGGCGAGUCUUCUAACGGGGCUGAGUUCACUAACGGAGUUGAGUCUACUAACGGGACUGAGUUCACUAACGGGGUUGAGUCUACUAACGGGGCAGCUAACGGGGGUGAGAAUACUAACGGGGUUGAGUCUAUUAACGGGGAUGAGCCUGCUGACGGGGUGAAUUUAAGGAUGGAGUGUACAGAUGAAAUAGCAGCAGCGAAGCACGAUAGUCCUGAAAAAGGAGAGCAGCAGGGGGGGCAACAACGGGAGCAACAGCAGGAAGUGACGCAGAAAGGAGAGCUGAAAGAGAAACGGCAAGAGGAGCAGCAGCAAGCAGAGCUUACUGAAGAGAAGGAAAAGGCAAGAAAAUGGGAUACUGGAGAGGGGAGUUUGGCAUCGAGAGGGGCAAAGGAAGGAGGGGAGGUGGGAGAGUGUGGGGAAGGAGGUGGGGAGGCGGGGAAAGGGAACUUGUCAAGUACCAAGGAAGUGAGGGCGGAAGAUAAGGGGGCAGUUAAAGGGGGGCAAGGGGAAGAGCAUGAGGACGGGACAAGAGCUUGCAUCGAGUCAAGAGCUUGUAGCGAAUCAGCAUUAUUUAUUGAGAUAGAUUGUAAGGAGGAUGGGGCGCAGAGUCGGGUAGAAGAAGGUGCGAAUAAGGGAAAGCAGCAAACGGAGCAGCUAGAACGAGUGGCGUCAUCACUAACUGGAGCAGUUCAUAACGAGGAUAAGUUACUGAUGGGCCAAUUGUCAAGCUCCUCGUUUGGGUCAUCCUUUGGAUCUGAACCUCCCAGCCCAUCCUCCUUCAUUUCCAAGCCUCUCUUUAAGAAACUGCCUCCUGCUAUAGCGAGUACAGAAGGGCGGGCCCAGCGAUUGAAUGUACACACCGCUGAGGAAAUUGAGCCUUCUCCUAAGGGGACUCCGAGGCAGCUUGUAAGGGGUACAGGAGCAGCAGAGGAAGGGGGGGUGAGAGGGGAGGAGGCUCGAGGGCUAAUCCGGGGUGGGUGGUUGGAGCUAGGGAGAAGGCGAGAGGAGGCGGAGAGAGGACUGCGAGAAGCCUUGAGGGCGAGAGAAGAGGCAGAGAGAGGGAAGCAGGGAGCAGAGAGGAAACGGAAGGAAGCAGAAGAGAGAAUGGUUAGGGCUUUACUGGAACGGGAUGAAGCAGAGAGAAGGAGAGAGGAAGCUGAAGGGAGGUUGGGGGAAGUGGAAGGGUUGUGGAGGGAGAGUGAGAAGGGGAGAGAGAUGGAGGGGAGGAGGAGGGAGGAGGUUGAAAGGGAGUUGGAGGAGGAGAGGAGGAGGAGGGAGGAGGCGGAGAAGGGGAGGGAGGAGGCAGAGAGGAGGAAGGGUGAGGGUGAGGAGGAGAGGGAAGAGGCUGUGAGGAGGGCGAGGGAUGUGGAGAAAGAGGGGGAGAGAGUGAGGGAGGAGGUGGAGAGAGAAAGGGGAGAAAUGGAAGGGAGGUUGGUAACAGCAAGUAAAGCAGUGAGGGAAGCUGAGGCGAAGAGAGACGAAGCUGUAAAGGCAAUGGAGGAGGCUCAUAACGGGGAAAAAGCAGCCCUUGAGUUGAGAGACCAGGCGGUAUAUGAGAGGGAGGAGAUGGCGAGGGAAAGGGAUGAGGCCGAAAGGAGGAGGGUGGAGGAGGAAUCGAGGAGGAGGAUUGCAGAGGAGGAGUGUGAGGAGGCGAAGAGGAGGAGAGAGGUUGCUGAGAGUGCGAUAGAAGAGGCGGUAGGAGCAGCAGAGGGAGCAGAGAGAGGGAGGAAGGAAGCGGAGAGGUUGAGAGAGGUUGCAGUGAGAGAGAAGGUUGAAGCUGAGAGGGUAAUGGAAGGGGCUUUAAGGGAGAGGGAUAUGGCAUUACUGAAGGUGGAAGAAGCUGCUAAGAAGGUUCUGGAUGCUGAACGGAUGAGGAUUGAGGCUAAGCGAGUGUGGGAAGAUUCGGAUAAGAUUCGGGCAGAAGCGGAAACUGCGCAGGCUGAGGCUGAGAAAGCUCGGGCAGCUGCGGAGAAGUUUAAGGCGGAGUCGGAGCUGGUUCGGGCAGCUGCGGAAAUGGCUAGGGUGGAAGCUGAGGCGAUGAAACGUGAGGUGGAAGUAUUGCGGGCAGAAACGGCGGCGGCUCUGGCUGCCCGGGAAGAGGAACGGGCAAAGAAGAUUGGACUGGAGGGGAAAAUAGAAUCUUUAAUGCUGACCGUGGAAGCGCACCAACGGGCAGGGGGGGGUAGGUUAAGUGAAGGGGAGGAAGGGGAGAGAGUGAGGGAGGCAAGGAAGCGAAUGGAGGAAGCAGAGAACGUGGCACAUGACUUGAGAGUGUGGGGGAGGCAACUUCAAGCUGAGUUGAUUAAAGGGGAGGAGGAGAGAAGGGGCCUAGAAGAAAGGUGUAGGAAGGUUGAAGGGAGGGUAAGGGAUGUGCAGAGAGUGAGGGAGGAGGCGGAUAGCGGGAGGGAGAGGGCGGAGAGGGAAAGGGACGAGGUGAUUGGGAGGAUGAAGGAGGUGCAAGGAGAAGUGUUGAGGCUGAGAAGGGAGGUGAAACGGCUGAUGGGAGAGGAGGUGGGAGAGGAGAAAGAGGAGGAGGAGGGAAAGGGAGGUAAUGAUGAAUCGAGACUUGAAACUGCUUUGGUUGCAGACUCUCCUGUAUCGAAGGGAAACUCAAAGGGGACAGUAGGUGAGGGGCACACUGCAGGGGAGAGAAUGACAGACGGGUGCACUGAAAGGGUUAGAGAGGGUCAGAAGCAACCUAUAGGGUUGAGCUCGAUCGAAGUGAGUAGCAGCGAACGGGACGGGCCGAAGCAGAAGGAGCAGGAGCGGCAGCAGGGGCAGCAGGAGGAGAAGGAGCAGGGGCAGGGAACAAACAAGGAGAUGAGUGAAGGGGAGGAGGACGAGCAGGUGAAGGAGGUUCUGACAGUGUAUGAAGGCCACCAUGAACAGCGCGAGGGAGAGAAUCGAGAAACUGAAGCUGAGGGGCAGCUGUUGCAGCUGCGUGGGUUGAUGGCAGCAGGAGGAAGGGAGGGGGAGGAGAGGUAUGGAGAGGAGGCGGAGAGGGUUAUACAGGAACUGGAGAAUGCUCUUAGCGAGUCAGAGAGGAGGAGAGUGAGUGCUGAGCAUGAGAGGGAUGUUGCUGCAAGGGAGAGGGAUGUAGCAGAGAGGGAAAGGGACGUAGCAGAGAGGCGGCUGGUUGAGAGGGAGAGGGAGAGGGAAGAAAGAGAGGGGGAGAGGGAGGAAAGAGAGAGGGAGAGGAAAGAACAAGAGAGGGAGAGAGAGGAGACGCGGUUACAGGCGGAGAAGUGCAGAGAGGAGGCUGCAAGGGAGACGGCAGAAGCAGAGAAGAGAAGAGACAAAGCAGAGAGGGCGUGGAGUGAGGCUGAGCAGAAGAGAGAGAAGGCUGAGGCAGCGAAAUGCGAGGCGGAGAAAGAGAGGGAGGAAGCGGAGAAGGCAAGGAGUGAGGCUGAGCAGAAGAGAGAGGAGGCUGAGAAAGCGAAAUGCGAGGCGGAGAAAGAGAGGGAGGAAGCGGAGAAGGCAAGGAGUGAGGCUGAGCAGAGGAGAGAGGAGGCUGAGGCAGCGAAAUGCGAGGCGGAGAAAGAGAGGGAGGAAGCGGAGAAGGCAAGGAGUGAGGCUGAGCAGAAGAGGGAGGAAGCGGAGAAGGCAAGGAGUGAGGCUGAGCAGAAGAGAGAGGAGGCUGAGGCAGCGAAAUGUGAGGCGGAGAAAGAGAGGGAGGAAGCGGAGAAGGCAAGGAGUGAAAGUGAGCAAGCUAAAUGCGAGGCGGAGAAAGGGAGGGAGGAAGCGGAGAAGGCAAGGAGUGAAGCUGAGAAUAAGAGAGAGGAGGCUGAGGCAGCGAAAUGCGAGGCGGAGAAAGAGAGGGAGGAAGCGGAGAAGGCAAGGAGUGAGGCUGAGCAGAAGAGAGAGGAGGCUGAGAAAGCGAAAUGCGAGGCGGAGAAAGAGAGGGAGGAAGCGGAGAAGGCAAGGAGUGAGGCUGAGCAGAGGAGAGAGGAGGCUGAGGCAGCGAAAUGCGAGGCGGAGAAAGAGAGGGAGGAAGCGGAGAAGGCAAGGAGUGAGGCUGAGCAGAAGAGGGAGGAAGCGGAGAAGGCAAGGAGUGAGGCUGAGCAGAAGAGAGAGGAGGCUGAGGCAGCGAAAUGUGAGGCGGAGAAAGAGAGGGAGGAAGCGGAGAAGGCAAGGAGUGAAAGUGAGCAAGCUAAAUGCGAGGCGGAGAAAGGGAGGGAGGAAGCGGAGAAGGCAAGGAGUGAAGCUGAGAAUAAGAGAGAGGAGGCUGAGGCAGCGAAAUGCGAGGCGGAGAAAGAGAGGGAGGAAGCGGAGAAGGCAAGGAGUGAGGCUGAGCAAGCUAAAUGCGAGGCGGAGAAAGGGAGGGAGGAAUCGGAGAAGGCAAGGAGUGAGGCUGAGCAGAAGAGAGAGGAGGCUGAGGCAGCGAAAUGCAAGGCGGAGAAAGAGAGGGAGGAAGCGGAGCAGGCAAGGAGUGAGGCUGAGCAGAAGAGAGAGGAGGCUGAGGCAGCGAAAUGCGAGGCGGAGAAAGAGAGGGAGGAAGCGGAGAAGGCAAGGAGUGAGGCUGAAGCUGCUAAAUGCGAGGCGGAGAAAGAGAGGGAGGACGCGGAGAAGGCAAGGAGUGAGGCUGAGCAGAAGAGAGAGGAGGCUGAGGCAGCGAAAUGCGAGGCGGAGAAAAAGAGGGAGGAAGCACAGAAGGCAAGGAGCGAGGCUGAGCGGAAUAGAGAGGAGGCUGAGGCAGCGAAAUGCGAGGCGGAGAAAGAAAGGGAGGAAGCGGAGAAGGCAAGGAGUGAGGCUGAGCAGAAGAGAGAGGAGGCUGAGGCAGCGAAAUGCGAGUCGGAGAAAGAGAGGGAGGAAGCGGAGAAGGCAAGGAGUGAGGCUGAGCAGAAGAGAGAGGAGGCUGAGGCAGCGAAAUGCGAGUCGGAGAAAGAGAGGGAGGAAGCGGAAAAGGCAAGGAGUGAGGCUGAUCAGAAGAAAGAGGAGGCUGAGGCAGCGAAAUGCGAGGCGGAGAAAGAGAGGGAGGAAGCGGAGAAGGCAAGGAGUGAAGCUGAGCAGAAGAGAGAGAAGGCUGAGGCAGCGAAAUGUGAAGCGGAGAAAGAGAGGGAGGAAGCGGAGAAGGCAAGGAGUGAGGCUGAGCAGAAGAGAGAGGAGGCUGAGGCAGCGAAAUGCGAGGCGGAGAAAGAGAGGGAGGAAGCGGAGAAGGCAAGGAGUGAGGCUGAGCAAAAGAGAGAGGAGGCUGAGGCAGCAAAAUGCGAGGCGGAGAAAGAGAGGGACGAAAUGGAGAAGGCAAGGAGUGAGGCUGAGCAGAAGAGAGAGGAGGCUGAGGCAGCGAAAUGCGAGGCGGAGAAAGAGAGGGAGGAAGCGGAGAAGGCAAGGAGUGAGGCUGAGCAGAAGAGAGAGGAGGCUGAGGCAGCGAAAUGCGAGGCGGAGAAAGAAAGGGAGGAAGCGGAGAAGGCAAGGAGUGAGGCUGAGCAGAAGAGAGAGGAGGCUGAGGCAGCGAAAUGCGAGGCGGACAAAGAGAGGGAGGAAGCGGAGAAGGCAAGGAGUGAGGCUGAAGCUGCUAAAUGCGAGGCGGAGAAAGAGAGGGAGGACGCGGAGAAGGCAAGGAGUGAGGCUGAGCAGAAGAGAGAGGAGGCUGAGGCAGCGAAAUGCAAGGCGGAGAAAGAGAGGGAGGAAGCGGAGAAGGCAAGGAGUGAGGCUGAGCAGAAGAGAGAGGAGGCUGAGGCAGCGAAAUGCGAGGCGGAGAAAGAGAGGGAGGAAGCGGAGAAGGCAAGGAGUGAGGCUGAAGCUGCUAAAUGCGAGGCGGAGAAAGGGAGGGAGGAAUCGGAGAAGGCAAGGAGUGAGGCUGAGCAGAAGAGAGAGGAGGCUGAGGCAGCGAAAUGCAAGGGGGAGAAAGAGAGGGAGGAAGCGGAGCAGGCAAGGAGUGAGGCUGAGCAGAAGAGAGAGGAGGCUGAGGCAGCGAAAUGCGAGGCGGAGAAAGAGAGGGAGGAAGCGGAGAAGGCAAGGAGUGAGGCUGAAGCUGCUAAAUGCGAGGCGGAGAAAGAGAGGGAGGACGCGGAGAAGGCAAGGAGUGAGGCUGAGCAGAAGAGAGAGGAGGCUGAGGCAGCGAAAUGCAAGGCGGAGAAAGAGAGGGAGGAAGCGGAGAAGGCAAGGAGUGAGGCUGAGCAGAAGAGAGAGGAGGCUGAGGCAGCGAAAUGCGAGGCGGAGAAAGAGAGGGAGGAAGCGGAGAAGGCAAGGAGUGAGGCUGAAGCUGCUAAAUGCGAGGCGGAGAAAGAGAGGGAGGACGCGGAGAAGGCAAGGAGUGAGGCUGAGCAGAAGAGAGAGGAGGCUGAGGCAGCGAAAUGCGAGGCGGAGAAAAAGAGGGAGGAAGCGCAGAAGGCAAGGAGCGAGGCUGAGCGGAAUAGAGAGGAGGCUGAGGCAGCGAAAUGCGAGUCGGAGAAAGAGAGGGAGGAAGCGGAGAAGGCAAGGAGUGAGGCUGAGCAGAAGAGAGAGGAGGCUGAGACAGCGAAAUGCGAGGCGGAGAAAGAGAGGGAGGAAGCGGAGAAGGCAAGGAGUGAGGCUGAGCAGAAGAGAGAGGAGGCUGAGGCAGCGAAAUGCGCGGCGGAGAAAGAGAGAGAGGAAGCGGAGAAGGCAAGGAGUGAGGCUGAGCAGAAGAGAGAGGAGGCUGAGGCAGCGAAAUUCGAGGCAGAGAAAGAGAGGGAGGAAGCGGAGAAGGCAAGGAGUGAGGCUGAACAGAAGAGAGAGGAGGCUGAGGCAGCGAAAUGCGAGGUGGAGAAAGAGAGGGAGGAAGCGGAGAAGGCAAGGAGUGAGGCUGAGCAGAAGAGAGAGGAGGCUGAGGCAGCGAAAUGCAAGGCGGAGAAAGAGAGGGAGGAAGCGGAGCAGGCAAGGAGUGAGGCUGAAGCUGCGAAAUGCGAGUCGGAGAAAGAGAGGGAGGACGCGGAGAAGGCAAGGAGUGAGGCUGAGCAAAAGAGAGAGGAGGCUGAGGCAGCGAAAUUCGAGGCAGAGAAAGAGAGGGAGGAAGCGGAGAAGGCAAGGAGUGAGGCUGAACAGAAGAGAGAGGAGGCUGAGGCAGCGAAAUGCGAGGCGGAGAAAGAGAGGGAGGAAGCGGAGAAGGCAAGGAGCGAGGCUGAGCAGAAUAGAGAGGAGGCUGAGGCAGCGAAAUGCAAGGCGGAGAAAGAGAGGGAGGAAGCGGAGCAGGCAAGGAGUGAGGCUGAACAGAAGAGAGAGGAGGCUGAGGCAGCGAAAUGCGAGGCGGAGAAAGAGAGGGAGGAAGCAGAGAAGGCAAGGAGCGAGGCUGAGCAGAAUAGAGAGGAGGCUGAGGCAGCGAAAUGCAAGGCGGAGAAAGAGAGGGAGGAAGCGGAGCAGGCAAGGAGUGAGGCUGAGCAGAAGAGAGAGGAGGCUGAGGCAGCGAAAUGCGAGGCGGAGAAAGAGAGGGAGGAAGCGGAGAAGGCAAGGAGUGAGGCUGAGCAGAAGAGAGAGGAGGCUGAGGCAGCGAAAUGCAAGGCGGAGAAAGAGAGGGAGGAAGCGGAGCAGGCAAGGAGUGAGGCUGAGCAGAAGAGAGAGGAGGCUGAGGCAGCGAAAUGCGCGGCGGAGAAAGAGAGGGAGGAAGCGGAGAAGGCAAGGAGUGAGGCUGAGCAGAAGAGAGAGGAGGCUGAGGCAGCGAAAUUCGAGGCAGAGAAAGAGAGGGAGGAAGCGGAGAAGGCAAGGAGUGAGGCUGAGCAGAAGAGAGAGGAGGCUGAGGCAGCGAAAUGCGAGGCGGAGAAAGAGAGGGAGGAAGCGGAGAAGGCAAGGAGUGAGGCUGAAGCUGCGAAAUGCGAGGCGGAGAAAGAGAGGGAGGACGCGGAGAAGGCAAGGAGUGAGGCUGAGCAGAAGAGAGAGGAGGCUGAGGCAGCGAAAUGCGUGGCGGAGAAAGAGAGGGAGGAAGCGGAGAAGGCAAGGAGUGAGGCUGAGCAGAAGAGAGAGGAGGCUGAGGCAGCGAAAUGCAAGGCGGAGAAAGAGAGGGAGGAAGCGGAGCAGGCAAGGAGUGAGGCUGAGCAGAAGAGAGAGGAGGCUGAGGCAGCGAAAUGCGAGGCGGAGAAAGAGAGGGAGGAAGCGGAGAAGGCAAGGAGUGAGGCUGAAGCUGCUAAAUGCGAGGCGGAGAAAGAGAGGGAGGACGCGGAGAAGGCAAGGAGUGAGGCUGAGCAGAAGAGAGAGGAGGCUGAGGCAGCGAAAUGCAAGGCGGAGAAAGAGAGGGAGGAAGCGGAGAAGGCAAGGAGUGAGGCUGAGCAGAAGAGAGAGGAGGCUGAGGCAGCGAAAUGCGAGGCGGAGAAAGAGAGGGAGGAAGCGGAGAAGGCAAGGAGUGAGGCUGAAGCUGCUAAAUGCGAGGCGGAGAAAGAGAGGGAGGACGCGGAGAAGGCAAGGAGUGAGGCUGAGCAGAAGAGAGAGGAGGCUGAGGCAGCGAAAUGCGAGGCGGAGAAAAAGAGGGAGGAAGCGCAGAAGGCAAGGAGCGAGGCUGAGCGGAAUAGAGAGGAGGCUGAGGCAGCGAAAUGCGAGUCGGAGAAAGAGAGGGAGGAAGCGGAGAAGGCAAGGAGUGAGGCUGAGCAGAAGAGAGAGGAGGCUGAGACAGCGAAAUGCGAGGCGGAGAAAGAGAGGGAGGAAGCGGAGAAGGCAAGGAGUGAGGCUGAGCAGAAGAGAGAGGAGGCUGAGGCAGCGAAAUGCGCGGCGGAGAAAGAGAGAGAGGAAGCGGAGAAGGCAAGGAGUGAGGCUGAGCAGAAGAGAGAGGAGGCUGAGGCAGCGAAAUUCGAGGCAGAGAAAGAGAGGGAGGAAGCGGAGAAGGCAAGGAGUGAGGCUGAACAGAAGAGAGAGGAGGCUGAGGCAGCAAAAUGCGAGGCGGAGAAAGAGAGGGAGGAAGCGGAGAAGGCAAGGAGUGAGGCUGAAGCUGCUAAAUGCGAGGCGGAGAAAGAGAGGGAGGAAGCGGAGAAGGCAAGGAGUGAGGCUGAGCAGAAGAGAGAGGAGGCUGAGGCAGCGAAAUGCGAGGUGGAGAAAGAGAGGGAGGAAGCGGAGAAGGCAAGGAGUGAGGCUGAGCAGAAGAGAGAGGAGGCUGAGGCAGCGAAAUGCAAGGCGGAGAAAGAGAGGGAGGAAGCGGAGCAGGCAAGGAGUGAGGCUGAAGCUGCGAAAUGCGAGUCGGAGAAAGAGAGGGAGGACGCGGAGAAGGCAAGGAGUGAGGCUGAGCAAAAGAGAGAGAAGGCUGAGGCAGCGAAAUUCGAGGCAGAGAAAGAGAGGGAGGAAGCGGAGAAGGCAAGGAGUGAGGCUGAACAGAAGAGAGAGGAGGCUGAGGCAGCGAAAUGCGAGGCGGAGAAAGAGAGGGAGGAAGCAGAGAAGGCAAGGAGCGAGGCUGAGCAGAAUAGAGAGGAGGCUGAGGCAGCGAAAUGCAAGGCGGAGAAAGAGAGGGAGGAAGCGGAGCAGGCAAGGAGUGAGGCUGAGCAGAAGAGAGAGGAGGCUGAGGCAGCGAAAUGCGCGGCGGAGAAAGAGAGGGAGGAAGCGGAGAAGGCAAGGAGUGAGGCUGAGCAGAAGAGAGAGGAGGCUGAGGCAGCGAAAUUCGAGGCAGAGAAAGAGAGGGAGGAAGCGGAGAAGGCAAGGAGUGAGGCUGAGCAGAAGAGAGAGGAGGCUGAGGCAGCGAAAUGCGAGGCGGAGAAAGAGAGGGAGGAAGCGGAGAAGGCAAGGAGUGAGGCUGAAGCUGCGAAAUGCGAGGCGGAGAAAGAGAGGGAGGACGCGGAGAAGGCAAGGAGUGAGGCUGAGCAGAAGAGAGAGGAGGCUGAGGCAGCGAAAUGCGUGGCGGAGAAAGAGAGGGAGGAAGCGGAGAAGGCAAGGAGUGAGGCUGAGCAGAAGAGAGAGGAGGCUGAGGCAGCGAAAUGCAAGGCGGAGAAAGAGAGGGAGGAAGCGGAGAAGGCAAGGAGUGAGGCUGAGCAGAAGAGAGAGGAGGCUGAGGCAGCGAAAUGCGAGGCGGAGAAAGAGAGGGAGGAAGCGGAGCAGGCAAGGAGUGAGGCUGAGCAGAAGAGAGAGGAGGCUGAGGCAGCGAAAUGCGAGGCGGAGAAAGAGAGGGAGGAAGCGGAGAAGGCAAGGAGUGAGGCUGAAGCUGCGAAAUGCGAGGCGGAGAAAGAGAGGGAGGAAGCGGAGAAGGCAAGGAGUGAGGCUGAGCAGAAGAGGGCGGAAGCGGAGAAGGCAAGGAGUGAGGCUGAGCAGAAGAGAGAGGAGGCUGAGGCAGCGAAAUGCGAGGCGGAGAAAGAGAGGGAGGAAGCGGAGAAAGCAAGGAGCGAGGCUGAGCAGAAUAGAGAGGAGGCUGAGGCAGCGAAAUGCGAGUCGGAGAAAGAGAGGGAGGAAGCGGAGAAGGCAAGGAGUGAGGCUGAGCAGAAGAGAGAGGAGGCUGAGGCAGCGAAAUGCAAGGCGGAGAAAGAGAGGGAGGAAGCGGAGCAGGCAAGGAGUGGGGCUGAGCAGAAGAGAGAGGAGGCUGAGGCAGCGAAAUGCGAGGCGGAGAAAGAGAGGGAGGAAGCGGAGAAGGCAAGGAGUGAGGCUGAAGCUGCGAAAUGCGAGGCGGAGAAAGAGAGGGAGGACGCGGAGAAGGCAACGAGUGAGGCUGAGCAGAAGAGAGAGGAGGCUGAGGCAGCGAAAUGCAAGGCGGAGAAAGAGAGGGAGGAAGCGGAGCAGGCAAGGAGUGAGGCUGAGCAGAAGAGAGAGGAGGCUGAGGCAGCGAAAUGCGAGGCGGAGAAAGAGAGGGAGGAAGCGGAGAAGGCAAGGAGUGAGGCUGAAACUGCUAAAUGCGAGGCGGACAAAGAGAGGGAGGAAGCGGAGAAGGCAAGGAGUGAGGCUGAGCAGAAGAGAGAGGAGGCUUUGGCAGCGAACUGCGAGGCGGAGAAAGAGAGGGAGGAAGCGGAGAAGGCAAGGAGUGAGGCUGAGCAGAAGAGGGCGGAAGUGGAGAAGGCGAGGAGAGAGGCUGAGCAGAAGAGAGAGGAGGCUGAGGCAGCGAAAUGCGAGGCGGAGAAAGAGAGGGAGGAAGCGGAGAAGGCAAGGAGGGAGGCUGAGCAGAAUAGGGAGGAAGCAGAGAAGGCGAGGAGAGAGGCUGAGCAGAAGAGAGAGGAGGCUGAGGCAGCGAAAUGCGAGGCUGAGAAAGAAAGGGAGGAAGCGGAGAAGGCAAGGAGUGAGGCUGAGCAGAAGAGAGAGGAGGCUGUGGCAGCGAAAUGCGAGGCGGAGAAAGAGAGGGAGGAAGCGGAGAAGGCAAGGAGUGAGGCUGAGCAGAAGAGGGCGGAAGUGGAGAAGGCAAGGAGUGAGGCUGAGCAGAAGAGAGAGGAGGCUGAGGCAGCGAAAUUCGAGGCAGAGAAAGAGAGGGAGGAAGCGGAGAAGGCACGGAGUGAGGCUGAACAGAAGAGAGAGGAGGCUGAGGCAGCGAAAUGCGAGGCGGAGAAAGAGAGGGAGGAAGCGGAGAAGGCAAGGAGUGAGGCUGAGCAGAAGAGAGAGGAGGCUUUGGCAGCGAACUGCGAGGCGGAGAAAGAGAGGGAGGAAGCGGAGAAGGCAAGGAGGGAGGCUGAGCAGAAGAGGGAGGAAGCCGAGAAGGCGAGGAGUGAGGCUGAGCAGAAGAGAGAGGAGGCUGAGGCAGCGAAAUGCGAGGUGGAGAAAGAGAGGGAGGAAGCGGAGAAGGCAAGGAGUGAGGCUGAGCAGAUGAGAGAGGAGGCUGAGGCAGCGAAAUGCGAGGCGGAGAAACAGAGGGAGGAAGCGGAGCAGGCAAGGAGUGAGGCUGAGCAGAAGAGAGAGGAGGCUGAGGCAGCGAAAUGCGAGGCGGAGAAAGAGAGGGAGGAAGCGGAGAAGUCAAGGAGUGAGGCUGAAGCUGCGAAAUGCGAGGCGGAGAAAGAGAGGGAGGACGCGGAGAAGGCAAGGAGUGAGGCUGAGCAAAAGAGAGAGGAGGCUGAGGCAGCGAAAUGCGAGGCGGAGAAAGAGAGGGAGGAAGCGGAGAAGGCAAGGAGUGAGGCUGAAGCUGCUAGAUGCGAGGCGGAGAAUGAGAGGGAGGAAGCGGAGAAGGCAAGGAGUGAGGCUGAGCAGAAGAGAGAGGAGGCUUUGGCAGCGAACUGCGAGGCGGAGAAAGAAAGGGAGGAAGCGGAGACGGCAAGGAGUGAGGCUGAGCAGAGGAGAGAGGAGGCUGAGGCAGCGAAAUGCGAGGCGGAGAAAGAGAUGGAGGAAGCGGAGAAGGCAAGGAGUGAGGCUGAGCAGAAGAGAGAGGAGGCUGAGGCAACGAAAUGCGAGGCGGAGAAAGAGAGGGAGGACGCGGAGAAGGCAAGGAGGGAGGCUUCGCAGAAGAGGGAGGAAGCGGAGAAGGCAAGGAGUGAAGCUGAGCAGAAGAGAGAGGAGGCUGAGGCAGCGAAAUGCGAGGCGGAGAAAGAGAGGGAGGAAGCGGAGAAGGCAAGGAGUGAGGCUGAGCAGAAGAGAGAGGAGGCUGAGGCAGCGAAAUUCGAGGCGGAGAAAGAGAGGGAGGAAGCGGAGAAGGCAAGGAGGGAGGCUGAGCAGAAGAGGGAGGAAGCGGAGAAGGCAAGGAGUGAAGCUGAGCAGAAGAGAGAGGAGGCUGAGGCAGCGAAAUGCGAGGCGGAGAAAGAGAGGGAGGAAGCGGAGAAGGCAAGGAGUGAGGCUGAGCAGAAGAGAGAGGAGGCUGAGGCAGCGAAAUGCGAGGCGGAGAAAGAGAGGGAGGAAGCGGAGAAGGCAAGGAGUGAGGCUGAGCAGAAGAGAGAGGAGGCUGAGGCAACGAAAUGCGAGGCGGAGAAAGAGAGGGAGGACGCGGAGAAGGCAAGGAGUGAGGCUGAGCAGAAGAGAGAGGAGGCUGAGGCAGCGAAAUGCGAGGCGGAGAAAGAAAGGGAGGAAGCGGAGAAGGCAAGGAGUGAGGCUGAGCAGAAGAGAGAGGAGGCUGAGGCAGCGAAAUGCGAGGCGGAGAAAGAGAGGGAGGAAGCGGAGACGGCAAGGAGUGAGGCUGAGCAGAGGAGAGAGGAGGCUGAGGCAGCGAAAUGCGAGGCUGAGAAAGAAAGGGAGGAAGCGGAGAAGGCAAGGAGUGAGGCUGAGCAGAAGAGGGCGGAAGCGGAGAAGGCAAGGAGUGAGGCUGAGCAGAAGAGAGAGGAGGCUGAGGCAGCGAAAUGCGAGGCGGAGAAAGAGAGGGAGGAAGCGGAGAAGGCAAGGAGUGAGUCUGAGCAGAAGAGAGAGGAGGCUGAGGCAGCGACAUGCAAGGCGGAGAAAGAGAGGGAGGAAGCGGAGAAGGCAAGGAGUGAGGCUGAUCAGAAGAGAGAGGAGGCUGAGGCAGCUAAAUGCGAGGCGGAGAAAGAGAGGGAGGAAGCGGAGAAGGCAAGGAGUAAGGCUGAGCAGAAGAGAGAGGAGGCUGAGGCAGCGAAAUUCGAGGCGGAGAAAGAGAGGGAGGAAGCGGAGAAGUCAAGGAGGGAGGCUGAGCAGAAGAGGGAGGAAGCGGAGAAGGCAAGGAGUGAAGCUGAGCAGAAGAGAGAGGAGGCUGAGGCAGCGAAAUGUGAGGCGGAGAAAGAGAGGGAGGAAGCGGAGAAGGCAAGGAGUGAGGCUGAGCAGAAGAGAGAGGAGGCUGAGGCAGCGAAAUGCAAGGCGGAGAAAGAUAGGGAGGAAGCGGAGAAGGCAAGGAGUGAGGCUGAGCAGAAGAGAGAGGAGGCUGAGGCAGCGAAAUGCGAGGCGGAGAAAGAUAGGGAGGAAGCGGAGAAGGCAAGGAGUAAGGCUGAGCAGAAGAGAGAGGAGGCUGAGGCAGCGAAAUGCGAGGCGGAGAAAGAGAGGGAGGAAGUGGAGAAGGCAAGGAGUGAGGCUGAGCAGAAGAGAGAGGAGGCUGAGGCAGCGAAAUGCGAGGCGGAGAAAGAGAGGGAGGAAGCGGAGAAGGCAAGGAGUGAGUCUGAGCAGAAGAGAGAGGAGGCUGAGGCAGCGAAAUGCGAGGCGGAGAAAGAGAGGGAGGAAGCGGAGAAGGCAAGGAGUGAGGCUGAGCAGAAGAGAGAGGAGACUGAGGCAGCGAAAUGCAAGGCGGAGAAAGAGAGGGAGAAAGCGGAGAAGGCAAGGAGUAAGGCUGAGCAAAAGAGAGAGGAGGCUGAGGCAGCGAAAUGCGAGGCGGAGAAAGAGAGGGAGGAAGUGGAGAAGGCAAGGAGUGAGGCUGAGCAGAAGAGAGAGGAGGCUGAGGCAGCGAAAUGCAAGGCGGACAAAGAGAGUGAGGAAGCGGAGAUGGCAAGGAGUGAGGCUGAGCAGAAGAGAGAGGAGGCUGAGGCAGCGAAAUGCGAGGCGGAGAAAGAAAGGGAGGAAGCGGAGAAGGCAAGGAGUGAGGCUGAGCAGAAGAGAGAGGAGGCUGAGGCAGCGAAAUGCGAGGCGGAGAAAGAGAGGGAGGAAGCGGAGAAGUCAAGGAGUGAGGCUGAAGCUGCGAAAUGCGAGGCGGAGAAAGAGAGGGAGGACGCGGAGAAGGCAAGGAGUGAGGCUGAGCAAAAGAGAGAGGAGGCUGAGGCAGCGAAAUGCGAGGCGGAGAAAGAGAGGGAGGAAGCGGAGAAGGCAAGGAGUGAGGCUGAAGCUGCUAGAUGCGAGGCGGAGAAUGAGAGGGAGGAAGCGGAGAAGGCAAGGAGUGAGGCUGAGCAGAAGAGAGAGGAGGCUUUGGCAGCGAACUGCGAGGCGGAGAAAGAAAGGGAGGAAGCGGAGACGGCAAGGAGUGAGGCUGAGCAGAGGAGAGAGGAGGCUGAGGCAGCGAAAUGCGAGGCGGAGAAAGAGAGGGAGGAAGCGGAGAAGGCAAGGAGUGAGGCUGAGGCAGCGAAAUGCGAGGCUGAGAAAGAAAGGGAGGAAGCGGAGAAGGCAAGGAGUGAGGCUGAGCAGAAGAGAGAGGAGGCUGAGGCAGCGAAAUGCGAGGCGGAGAAAGAAAGGGAGGAAGCGGAGACGGCAAGGAGUGAGGCUGAGCAGAGGAGAGAGGAGGCUGAGGCAGCGAAAUGCGAGGCGGAGAAAGAGAGGGAGGAAGCGGAGAAGGCAAGGAGGGAGGCUUCGCAGAAGAGGGAGGAAGCGGAGAAGGCAAGGAGUGAAGCUGAGCAGAAGAGAGAGGAGGCUGAGGCAGCGAAAUGCGAGGCGGAGAAAGAGAGGGAGGAAGCGGAGAAGGCAAGGAGUGAGGCUGAGCAGAAGAGAGAGGAGGCUGAGGCAGCGAAAUUCGAGGUGGAGAAAGAGAGGGAGGAAGCGGAGAUUGCAAGGAGUGAGGCUGAGCAGAAGAGAGAGGAGGCUGAGGCAGCGAAAUGCCAGGCGGAGAAAGAGAGGGAGGAAGCGGAGAAGGCAAGGAGGGAGGCUGAGCAGAAGAGGGAGGAAGCGGAGAAGGCAAGGAGUGAAGCUGAGCAGAAGAGAGAGGAGGCUGAGGCAGCGAAAUGCGAGGCGGAGAAAGAGAGGGAGGAAGCGGAGAAGGCAAGGAGUGAGGCUGAGCAGAAGAGAGAGGAGGCUGAGGCAGCGAAAUGCGAGGCGGAGAAAGAGAGGGAGGAAGCGGAGAAGGCAAGGAGUGAGGCUGAGCAGAAGAGAGAGGAGGCUGAGGCAACGAAAUGCGAGGCGGAGAAAGAGAGGGAGGACGCGGAGAAGGCAAGGAGUGAGGCUGAGCAGAAGAGAGAGGAGGCUGAGGCAGCGAAAUGCGAGGCGGAGAAAGAAAGGGAGGAAGCGGAGAAGGCAAGGAGUGAGGCUGAGCAGAAGAGAGAGGAGGCUGAGGCAGCGAAAUGCGAGGCGGAGAAAGAGAGGGAGGAAGCGGAGACGGCAAGGAGUGAGGCUGAGCAGAGGAGAGAGGAGGCUGAGGCAGCGAAAUGCGAGGCGGAGAAAGAGAGGGAGGAAGCGGAGAAGGCAAGGAGUGAGGCUGAGCAGAAGAGGGCGGAAGCGGAGAAGGCAAGGAGUGAGGCUCAGCAGAAGAGAGAGGAGGCUGAGGCAGCGAAAUGCGAGGCGGAGAAAGAGAGGGAGGAAGCGGAGAAGGCAAGGAGUGAGGCUGAGCAGAAGAGGGAGGAAGCGGAGAUGGCAAGGAGUGAAGCUGAGCAGAAGAGAGAGGAGGCUGAGGCAGCGAAAUGCGAGGCGGAGAAAGAGAGGGAGGAAGCGGAGAAGGCAAGGAGUGAGGCUGAGCAGAAGAGAGAGGAGGCUGAGGCAGCGAAAUUCGAGGUGGAGAAAGAGAGGGAGGAAGCGGAGAUUGCAAGGAGUGAGGCUGAGCAGAAAAGAGAGGAGGCUGAGGCAGCGAAAUGCCAGGCGGAGAAAGAGAGGGAGGAAGCGGAGAAGGCAAGGAGGGAGGCUGAGCAGAAGAGGGAGGAAGCGGAGAAGGCAAGGAGUGAAGCUGAGCAGAAGAGAGAGGAGGCUGAGGCAGCGAAAUGCGAGGCGGAGAAAGAGAGGGAGGAAGCGGAGAAGGCAAGGAGUGAGGCUGAGCAGAAGAGAGAGGAGGCUGAGGCAGCGAAAUGCGAGGCGGAGAAAGAGAGGGAGGAAGCGGAGAAGGCAAGGAGUGAGGCUGAGCAGAAGAGAGAGGAGGCUGAGGCAACGAAAUGCGAGGCGGAGAAAGAGAGUGAGGAAGCGGAGAAGGCAAGGAGGGAGGCUUCGCAGAAGAGGGAGGAAGCGGAGAAGGCAAGGAGUGAGGCUGAGCAGAAGAGAGAGGAGGCUGAGGCAGCGAAAUGCGAGGCGGAGAAAGAGAGGGAGGAAGCGGAGAAGGCAAGGAGUGAGGCUGAGCAGAAGAGAGAGGAGGCUGAGGCAGCGAAAUGCGAGGCUGAGAAAGAGAGGGAGGAAGCGGAGAUGGCAAGGAGUGAGGCUGAGCAGAAGAGAGAGGAGGCUGAGGCAGCGAAAUGCAAGGCGCAGAAAGAGAGGGAGGAAGCGGAGAAGGCAAGGAGUGAGGCUGAGCAGAAGAGAGAGGAGGCUGAGGCAGCGAAAUGCGAGGCGGAGAAAGAGAGGGAGGAAGCGGAGAAGGCAAGGAGUGAGUCUGAGCAGAAGAGAGAGGAGGCUGAGGCAGCGACAUGCAAGGCGGAGAAAGAGAGGGAGGAAGCGGAGAAGGCAAGGAGUGAGGCUGAUCAGAAGAGAGAGGAGGCUGAGGCAGCGAAAUGCAAGGCGCAGAAAGAGAGGGAGGAAGCGGAGAAGGCAAGGAGUGAGGCUGAGCAGAAGAGAGAGGAGGCUGAGGCAGCGAAAUGCGAGGCGGAGAAAGAGAGGGAGGAAGCGGAGAAGGCAAGGAGUGAGUCUGAGCAGAAGAGAGAGGAGGCUGAGGCAGCGACAUGCAAGGCGGAGAAAGAGAGGGAGGAAGCGGAGAAGGCAAGGAGUGAGGCUGAUCAGAAGAGAGAGGAGGCUGAGGCAGCUAAAUGCGAGGCGGAGAAAGAGAGGGAGGAAGCGGAGAAGGCAAGGAGUAAGGCUGAGCAGAAGAGAGAGGAGGCUGAGGCAGCGAAAUGCGAGGCGGAGAAAGAGAGGGAGGAAGCGGAGAAGUCAAGGAGGGAGGCUGAGCAGAAGAGGGAGGAAGCGGAGAAGGCAAGGAGUGAAGCUGAGCAGAAGAGAGAGGAGGCUGAGGCAGCGAAAUGUGAGGCGGAGAAAGAGAGGGAGGAAGCGGAGAAGGCAAGGAGUGAGGCUGAGCAGAAGAGAGAGGAGGCUGAGGCAGCGAAAUGCAAGGCGGAGAAAGAUAGGGAGGAAGCGGAGAAGGCAAGGAGUGAGGCUGAGCAGAAGAGAGAGGAGGCUGAGGCAGCGAAAUGCGAGGCGGAGAAAGAUAGGGAGGAAGCGGAGAAGGCAAGGAGUGAGGCUGAGCAGAAGAGAGAGGAGGCUGAGGCAGCGAAAUGCGAGGCGGAGAAAGAGAGGGAGGAAGCGGAGAAGGCAAGGAGUGAGGCUGAGCAGAAGAGAGAGGAGACUGAGGCAGCGAAAUGCAAGGCGGAGAAAGAGAGGGAGGAAGCGGAGAAGGCAAGGAGUGAGGCUGAGCAGAAGAGAGAGGAGGCUGAGGCAGCGAAAUGCGAGGCGGAGAAAGAGAGGGAGGAAGCGGAGAAGGCAAGGAGUGAGGCUGAGCAGAAGAGAGAGGAGGCUGAGGCAACGAAAUGCGAGGCGGAGAAAGAUAGGGAGGAAGUGGAGAAGGCAAGGAGUGAGGCUGAGCAGAAGAGAGAGGAGGCUGAGGCAGCGAAAUGCGAGGCGGACAAAGAGAGUGAGGAAGCGGAGAUGGCAAGGAGUGAGGCUGAGCAGAAGAGAGAGGAGGCUGAGGCAGCGAAAUGCAAGGCGGAGAAAGAGAGGGAGGAAGCGGAGAAGGCAAGGAGUGAGGCUGAGCAGAAGAGAGAGGAGGCUGAGGCAGCGAAAUGCGAGGCGGAGAAAGAGAGGGAGGAAGCGGAGAAGGCAAGGAGUGAGGCUGAGCAGAAGAGAGAGGAGGCUGAGGCAGCGAAAUGCAAGGCGGAGAAAGAGAGGGAGGAAGCAGAGAAGGCAAGGAGUGAGGCUGAGGAGAAGAGAGAGGAGGCUGAGGCAGCGAAAUGCGAGGCGGAGAAAGAGAGUGAGGAAGCGGAGAAGGCAAGGAGUGAGGCUGAGCAGAAGAGAGAGGAGGCUGAGGCAGCGAAAUGCAAGGCGGAGAAAGAGAGGGAGGAAGCGGAGAAGGCAAGGAGUGAGGCUGAGCAGAAGAGAGAGGAGGCUGAGGCAGGGAAUUGCGAGGCGGAGAAAGAGAGGGAGGAAGCGGAGAAGGCAAGGAUUGAGGCUGAGCAGAAGAGAGAGGAGGCUGAGGCAGCGAAAUGCGAGGCGGAGAAAGAGAGGGAGGAAGCGGAGAAGGCAAGGAGUGAGGCUGAGCAGAAGAGAGAGGAGGCUGAGGCAGCGAAAUGCAAGGCGGAGAAAGAGAGGGAGGAAGCGGAGAAGGCAAGGAGUGAGGCUGAGCAGAAGAGAGAGGAGGCUGAGGCAGCGAAAUGCGAGUCGGAGAAAGAUAGGGAGGAAGCGGAGAAGGCAAGGAGUGAGGCUGAGCAGAAGAGAGAGGAGGCUGAGGCAGCGAAAUGCGAGGCGGAGAAAGAGAGGGAGGAAGCGGAGAAGGCAAGGAGUGAGGCUGAGCAGAAGAGAGAGGAGUUUGAGGCAGCGAAAUGGGUGGCGGAGAAAGAGAGGGAGGAAGCGGAGAAGGCAAGGAGUGAGGCUGAGCAGAAGAGAGAGGAGGCUGAGGCAGCAGCAUUGGAGGCUGAGAAUGAGAGGGAAGUGAUUGAGAGGAGGAGGAUACAGACUGAGUCAAGUUUGAAUGAUGCACUGAGGAGGUUGAGUGAUGUUUCAGAUGCUGCUGACAAAGCUAAGAGGGAUGCUGACAAGGCUAGACUGGAUGCUGAUGUGGCAAGAUGUGAUGCUGAUGUGGCAAGACGUGAUGCUGAUGUGGCACGACGAGAGGCUGAUGCGGCCAGAUGUGUUGCUGACGAAUGUAAGCUCGCUGCUGAGCUGGCAAAACAAGCUUCUGACUUGGCAAGGCAAGAUGCUGAAGUGGCGAGGCGUGCAGCCGAGCAGGCAGAGGAGGAAAGAAGGAUGGCUGAGAGAAUAAGAGAGGAGGCCGGGAAGAAUGGGGAUGGAGGGGGGUGGGUGAAGGAACUGGAACGGUUGAGGCUUGAAUUGGAGAUGACUAGGAUUGAGGGGGAGAUUGCAAGGAAAGAGCUUGAAAGAGUGACAAGGGAUGGGGAUUUUGUGAGGGAGGAGCUUCAGAGAGUGGGAAGGGAUGGAGAGAGUUUGAAGGAAGAACUAGAGAGAGUGAGAGGGGAGUUGGGGAGAGUGAGAAAGGAGCUGGAGCGAGUGACGGAGGCUAAGAGGGAGAGUGUGCGGAACCUGAGCGAGUCGUUGGUGGCUUCAGAGGAGCAGAGGAAGAAGCUGGUGGAGCUGCUUCGAAUGGCCGAGAGCUUUGAAGGAUUCUCUACAUCACUCUGGUGA